UAUCUUAAUAGGUACCGACAAGCUGGUGAGAAAAUUCCAUCAACAUGUACUGAAUAGUAAUCAGGAAUUGCCUAGCUGCAAUAAAGACACUGGGGAGAAAUCCAGACUAAGACAACGUUCUCCAGGUCACUUUGUUACUGUUACAGGAGGUGGACACAUUCUACAGUUUAAUCCUCUAUUUAAGUCAGAGAGUCCCAGUCAGGCCUUCAUGUUGAUUGUACAGAUGAUGUACUCUGAACUGAAGGAACUGACAGAGGACGAACAAAGGAGAAGACUUCAAGAUUACACACUGUGUUAUGAUAAUAUUUGCAACACUUCACAUCCGUAACCACAAGGACCAAAAGUGUCAUGAACUCUAUCAUCCAGAUGACAACCUCCCAUCAUCUUAUAACACAAUGGUUGGAGAACAAACUUUUGCUUGGAUGUCAAGAUUCAAGAAGAUUGUCAACUCUAUGACCCAAACGCAUCAGCUCUUCUUCCUGCAUAGGAUGUGUGUAAAAAAUGUCAGUAUUUUGCUAAAGCCUUCAAUGGAUUUCAAAAAUAAAGCUCCUGCCUUCCAUGGAAUAAACAGUUUUGAAGGUAUCACUCCAGGCUGUUUGUCAUAGUCUUUUUAAGACCCAAGGCCAACCCCCAACCAGGCACCUUUGCGGUUCUUACUAAGGCAGCAAUUGCAGCCUCCUCUGCUUUCAUUUCCCUUAAGUUGAUGGCCAGCGUAAUUGAAGCGGAGGAGAUUGCAACCGUAACAUCGGGAUUACUGUCUUAUCUGGAAGGACAGGACAGCAGAGUUGCAGAGGGCAUUGUCCUCCCUCUGAUUUUUUGCAAAAAGAUGCUGGAGGUUACAGCCAAAGGGCAUUUUUUGCAGGAAGUCAGGGAAUAUGUGAAGGAUGUGUUGCUGCCCUACCACGAAAAAACAACUUUGAACCACCAACCAUCCCAAGCAGCAAAUCGUAGUAGGCCGAAUCGGCAAACAUAUAUGGCAAGAAUACAGUACAGUUUCCCAGUGCAGCAAAAGUUGCUAUACGGGCUUAUUGCGAGGCCAAUCCAGGCGAAAUAAAAGCCAAUCCCGUGAACUGUGCCCAGUACUUUGAUUGCGGAGAGGAAAGUAUCAAAGCAUGCAUGUUCCUCCGAGAAUGUCUGUACCCCCACGUAUUUGAUUACCAAUCCUCAACCUGUGUCAACUUUACCCUUGUUGAUUGCGGGAAGAGGAGAUAGUAUACUUCACUUUGUGACUAUUUGCUAAACCGUUGUCCGCCAUCAAAUUCCACGUGUAAACCGUGCAGUGAGCGCCAUUUUGAUUGCUCCAAUUUAGUGGACGGGCUUCAUCCUACCAACAGUGAUGCAACCCGCGAUAAUUUCGUCAUGUUUCCGAGGCAGAACCAUCGCCACAGAGAAAUGUCGGGAAGGUGUGUUUGACCCUGUAGAGAGGCGCUGUACGCGAUUUCGGUCAGGUGGUGCAUUAGGACGCGUCACAGAUACCGGAUCACAAGGGAUGCUAGGACGCGUCACAGAUACCGGCUCACAAGGGAUGCUAGGACGCGUCACAGAUAAUACACAGACACGCCCAAGAGAUGGUUCACAAGGGAUGCUGGGAGGCGUCACAGAUAAUACACAGACACGCCCAAGAGAGGGUCCACAAGGGAUGCUAGGACACGUCACAGAUACUACACAGACACGCUCAAGAGAAGGAACUCAAGGAAUGCUAGGACGCGUCAGAGAGGCAACACACCUUACAGAAGACAUGGUUAAAAAGCACUGCACUGAAAAGCCCAAAGACAUUCUGCCUCACCCCCCUCCAGUGCGCACAGUACUACGACUGCAGGCAAGCUAUCGGCGAUAGCCAUCUUAGGGAGUGUAGAUAUCUACAACUGUUUGACAUAACCACCAUGACGUGUAAAAACUUUAGUGACGUUACAUGUGGGGAUCGUCUAGAGCCCCAAGCGCCUUGCGACUACCUGCAGAACCACUGCGAGCUAAACUCUGCCAACUGUGUACCAUGUGAGGACCGCCUGCCAAGCUGUAUCAACCUUCCGGACAACAACAACCCGUACCCCGGGAAACUGGACUCGGAGUACUACAUCAAGUGUUACCGCAACCGAACCGUGUCCGUGGAGGCCUGUCAGGUGUCCAAGUACAACCCGGCCACGCGCCAGUGCUCGGAGAACGUCUCACCAGUGGUUUUGGGGAAAUUUUGCCGAGACAACCCGACGUCCAUCAUUCCUGAUACUGAGAACUGUGGGAGGUACUCUAACUGCAGCGACCCCUCCACCGUCCAGGGUCUGAACAAGCCCUACCUCAGAGAAUGCACCUACCCCAAGCUGUUCGCCUCCCCCGCUGUCUGCUGCCAACUGUUCAUGAUGGUAGACUGCGACAAGCGGAAGAAGAUACCCAUGCCUCCAUGCGAGUACGUAGAAAAUCAGUGUUUUGGAACAAACUGUGAGCCUUGUGAAAGCAAAUUCCCAUCAUGCAUUGGAAAACCGGACGGAACUAAUGUAUUCCCCGCCAAGGAAAACACCGGAUAUUACAUCGUCUGCUAUCGUCAAAGGACAGUAGCAAUCGUAUCUUGCAAUCAAGGAGUUUACAGUCAUAGUGAGCGCGCAUGCGUGAGUGAUCCUAAACCCGCGAUCGCGUAGUCUUGUCUGACUGUUUUUAGACUGGGAGAGAAUAUGAACAUUUGUAAAUACUUUGUUAGAGUAUGUGUCUGACUUCUAUUCAUUGUGAGAUGAAGGUCCGUUACAUUGUUUAUAUCGCUGAAUCUGCGCAGAUUCGAUAUCUACAAACCACGAAUUGGAUGGAACGAGAAAGAAUAUCUAAAUUUUAUUUAUGAACUCUGCGAAUGUACUCGGAGACGUUGGCAAUUGGUUUGUAAUUCUCAGUUCGUGUGCACUCUUGCGGAAUUAAACACAUAAUGAUAUGUUCCAGAUUUUUCAUUCAUUUGUAUAUUCAAUGCACGAUAAACUCGUUCCUUUAAUGGGAGAGAACUCUUAGCUACCUCUAGACUGGAAGUUUAUUAACCAAUACUUUGUUUAUAAUGUGUCCAGAGAUUUCAUCUUCUCAUAUUUUUUUUGAUCAGGAUUUUCCAAUGAGAGCAUAAGUAUUCUGUCCUUUGUCGAGACAAUUACUGCGAGCCUACUCAUUUAAGAAAUAAAAAUCAAAACACGCGCACGCUUUGACCAUCAGAAAUUAAAAAAUGCAAAUGCUUUUGGAAAAAAUAAUCUAAGAAAUAAUCUCCUCUGUAUUCUCAUUGACGGCCUAUAUCCAGCUUUAUUGCUCACUCAUCUACCUGUCAUCUGUAUUUAUUGACCAUCCUGUUAAAUUAUGGUAUUUAAUAAAAAGAAUAAAAACUC